AUGAAGGCGCACACGCCGGGUGGGAUUGAUGGGCCUGCGAGACGACGCAGCUCCAUCACAGCAAACCAUAGAACCAGCAUGGGGAGCGGUAUUCCCCUCGGGGUAUCGAGAAUUGCCCAGGCACGCGCAAAGACGACACAGCCUGCCUAUGACUUUCUCACUGGUGCAGAGUCUACCUCGAGACCACCUUCAAGAGGAACGGCUUUUAGACAAUCCCUACGUGCGCCUUCGGGGGAGGUCCCUAGAAAUGAUGAGCCGGAUCCGGAGGCCGAGAAGAGGAAGCGGGAGAUGGAGGAGCUGAGGGCCGAGGUCAAGACGCUGAAGUACACGAUUGACAACCAUCGACAGGAGGAGGAGGUGAACAAGUUACGGCAUGACAGCGAACUUAGAGAUGUGAGGAGGAAGGGGGAGGAGGAUUUCAAGAAAAUGCAGGCGGCGGAUGCAGAGAAAAGUAGGGCUACACGGCAAUAUGAGUCUUUGCUGAAGGAGAUGACUGAGAUCCGGGAUAAUGCAAGCAACGAAAAGGCAGCUCUUGAGAGACGGGUCCGGGAAGUGGAAGAAAGCAAACGCGUUUUGGAGGAGGAAGUCGAGGACUCUAAGUUCGGGCAGGAGGAGACUAUGAGGAGUAUGGAGAGGAAGAUGGCUGAGCUGGAGACCCGGAACGAAACUCUGCAACGGGCAGUCGAGGAGCUGCAACAGGAUUCAGAUCGGAGAGAGACUUUGUUGCAAGAAACACAGCAGCAGCUGGCUGAUAAAGAAACGGCAUAUGGGUCUUUAGAGGCCGAUGUUCUUCGAUUGAAAGCACAAACUGGCGAUGUAGAGACUCUAAGUGUCAUUAAAAGAGAGCUCGGCGAGCAGGUUGCACACAUCCGAAAGCUGGAGGUCACCAAUCGCGAACAAGCUGCAGAUUUGAAGCAUUUCAAGAGACUGCACAAAAGUGUAGAGGUUGUCGAGGAGGAAAAGCGGUCACUACAGAGACGUCUCGAUGCUAUGGAGGGUCUGGAGAAUGACCUUAAUGAGGCAAGAAUCCAGAGACAAAGAUUAGAGGACGAACGCUUAGCCUGGACAGCGUAUCUUCAAAGUCAAGAUAGCGUCGAUGGUCAACUCGAAUUCGACUCUCCGGAAGCUUUGGCUAGGGCGCUCGUUGAAGAGCGAAUCAAUACGGCUACGCUAAUCGAGAGACUGGGUGCGCUGGAACCAGAGCUUUCAGCAAAGCAUAGUAACAUCCAAGCACUCGAGUUUGAGAAGACUCAAUUAAUGGAGCAGCUCGAGAAGCUGAAGUCAGCUGGAGCGUCUGCAGGAACCGGCCCUAGUGCAAACAGCAAGGUUCAACUUCGUCUUGAGAGACAACGCGCUCUAGCAAUUAAGGAAGCAGAGUACCUGCGAGCCCAGCUGAAAACAUACGACACAGAAGACACAACCUUCCAACCCGAGAGCGUCGACGCUGCCAAAGUUCAACGAAUUCAAGACCUCGAAGACAUGGUCGAGAAAUACCGACAAGAAGUCGAGUCCCUCAACGCCGAAAUCUCCACCAAGGAGAUACCACCACCACCCCUCGCCUCCCCAACAGGCACCAAACGCCGCCGCGACUCCACCGAAGAAAGCGAGCAACUCGGCCAACUGUGCCGCAAGAACCGCAGACUUCAAGACGACCUCUCCGCGCGCCAAACAACCAUCAAGCUCCUGCAGAAAGAGCUCUCUGUCGCUCAAGAACGCCUGCAGGUCCUAACCUCGCAAAGCAAGACCCGUGUGCUCUCCCUCCGCUCAAACCCCACAUCCGACUUCGAAGCCGUCAAACUCGCCACCCUCAAGACGCUCCGGGACGAGAACGCCGACCUGCUCUCCCAGCUCCGCACCUCGCAACCCGCCCUCUCAUCCGUCCCGGCCUCCGCCCUCUCAGCAGCUGAGGACCGCGUCCUCGCCGCGCAGGCCGCCCUCGCGUCGGAGAAGAAGCGGGUCGACCGCCUCAUGAAGGUCUGGGGCGCCAAGUCGGCCGAGUUCCGCGAGCUGGUCAUCUCGCUGCUCGGCUGGGACGUCAAGUUCAUGAAGGACGGCAAGACCCGUGUCACGAGCUUCUUCUACCCGAGCCAGGGCGAGGACGAGAACAGCAUCGUGUUCGAUGGCGAGAAGGGCACCAUGAAGAUCAGCGGGGGCCCGGAGAGCGCCUUCGCCCUCAAGAUUGGAGAGAGCAUCAAGUUCUGGGUCAAGGAGAGGGGCAGCAUCCCUUGUUUCUUGGCCGCCUUAACCUUAGAGUUUUAUGAGGAGAAGGCGAGGGAGGAUACCUUGAGGAUUGAUAUCUAG